AUGCCCUGCAAACUCGCCAUCCCCAUCGCCCUCCGGCUCCUAGGGGGGGAGCUGCUGGUGGUGGUGCGGUUCGCGUACGAGCCGCGCUGCUCGGCCACGCGCGUGGAUUGCUGGGAGUUGGGCUGGGAGGGUUGUAUGUGCUUUGCUGAUCCGGCUGUGCCGUCCGGGCUGGUGUCGGGCGGUGAUGAGGCCGUGCGCGUGUCGAUGCGUCGGCUGGUCGAGCGCACGCCGCGCGCGGUGUGGUCGAGCUGGUAUCGGCUGUUUUAUGAGGAGGGAGUGCGCGGUGGGUAUUGGCCGGUUCGAGAGAUCUCUGAGGCCAUCUUCAACGGGGUUGGUCGGCGUAUGGACUGUAAGGACCCCAACGUGCCGAUGGAGCUCGCGCGGAGGGGCGCUAUUGCCUGGCGUAAGCUGCCGAGCGAUAUGGGCUGGUGGCCUGCGCCGCCGGAUAUGAUCGAGACCAGUGUCGUGUGUUAGGGGAUGUUGGGACGGCUAGCAGAUCGGCCUGGUGAUUUCUUUUUCCUUUCUUCUUUCUUUUCCUUUUUUUUUCCCUUUCUUUCUUUUUCAUCACUUUUCUUUUCUCCUUUCCUUUCCUUUCCGUUUUCUUCUUCUUUUGCUUCUUUUUUUACUUGUUCUUUUCUACCUUUCCUUCUCUCUUCGUUGCGUCCCCCCCCCCCGUUCUUGUAUUUUUUCAAC